UAGUGCGGGGAAUUGCAGCCUCGCUCCCGCAGUCUGCACUCUGACAGCAGCUCUAGGGAGAACACACAUAUCCAGGGAAGCUGCAGAGCACACACACAUUCAGUGAAGAUACUAUCCAACUGCCCUCUCUCUCUCUCUCUCUCUCUCUCUCCCUCUCUCUCUCUCCCCAACUCUUCAUAGUCUUUCAAUAGCUCAGCAACAUCACUUCUACUGCUGCGGCUGCUGCUGCUGCUACAAGAGGAAAUAUGCUGAAUGCCGGAUCGAGAAGGGUCCCGGGAUGGCUGAAGCUGUUGUCCAGCCUAUGUCUGCUUCUCUGCCUGGUGGGGGAGACUGGGGCCAAGAGGGUCCCCAAAAUCCCCCGCUGUCCUACCACCUGCUCCUGCACCAAAGACAGUGCCUUCUGUGUGGAUACCAAGACUAUCCCCAAGAGCUUUCCCCCUGGGAUCAUCUCCCUGACGAUGGUGAAUGCAGCCUUCACUACAAUCCCAGAGGGAGCCUUCUCCCACCUGCACCUUCUGCAGUUUCUUCUGCUGAACUCCAACACCUUCACUGUUGUGGCUGAUGAUGCCUUCGCAGGUCUGUCACACCUGCAGUACUUAUUUAUAGAGAACAAUGACAUCCAAGCCCUGUCAAAGCACACCUUCAGAGGGCUUAAAUCCUUGACUCACCUUUCUCUGUCAAAUAAUAACCUGCAGCUCCUUCCACGAGAACUCUUCAAAUAUUUUGACAUUCUGACAGACUUAGACCUGCGGGGUAACUCGUUCCGCUGUGACUGUAAAAUCAAGUGGCUGGUGGAUUGGAUGGAGAAGUCCAACACCUCUGUCCCUGCCAUCUACUGUGCCAGCCCAUUUGAGUUCCAAGGCCGCAGAAUCCAUGAUCUAACCCCACGAGACUUCAACUGUAUCAGCGCAGACUUUGCAGUUUAUGAAACUUUCCCCUUCCAGUCUGUGUCAGUGGAGUCCUAUGAAUUCAACGACGAUCAGUUUGUGGUCUUCGCCCAGCCUGAUACUGGGUUCUGUACACUGUUUGUAUGGGAUCAUGUGGAAAUGGUCUUCCGGAUGUACCAUAAUAUAACAUCUCGCUCCGCUGUCUACUGCAAGCCUGUGGUAAUUAACAACACUCUUUACAUGGUUGUGGCUCAACUUUUUGGAGGAUCCCACAUCUACAAGUGGGAAGAGGACCCACAGCGAUUUGUGAAGAUCCAGGACAUUGACACGACACGUGUGAGGAAACCCAACUUUGUUGAGACCUUCCAGCUGGAUGAUGAGUGGUACUUUGCAGUAGCAGACAGUUCCAAGGCAGGCUCUACGAGCAUAUACCGCUGGAACAGCAACGGUUUCUACUCCCACCAAUCUCUUCAUCCCUGGCAUCGUGACACCCAUGUGGAGUUCCUAGAUGUGGAGGGGAAGCAGCGUCUCAUUCUCUCCAGUGCCUCCCAGCCCCCAGUGGUAUACCAGUGGAACCGCAGCCUGCGGCAGUUUGCCUUUCAUUCCCAAAUCACUGAGACUGCUGACGUGCAGAUGGUCAAGCAUUUCUGGGUGCGCAAAGUUCUCUACCUCUGCCUUACACGCUUCAUUGGCGACUCCAAGAUUCUCCGUUGGGAGGGGCAGCGCUAUGUUGAGAUUCAGACCCUGCCCUCACGUGGCUCCAUGGCUGUGUAUCCAUUCAUCGUGGGCCCCCGCCAGUAUCUCCUCUUAGGGAGUGAUUUCUCCUUCUCUCGAGUUUACUUGUGGGACGACCUUACCCAGCGCUUCCAGCUCUUCCAGGAGCUCAACAUGAGAGCACCCCGGGCCUUCAGCUUGGUGUCAGUGGACAACAAAGACAUCCUGCUGGCAGCCAGCUUCAAAGGCAACACCCUGGCCUACCAGCACCUAAUAGUUGAUCUUAGUGCCAAAUAGACCAAUCCAGUCAGAAUCUCUGAGACCAUUCAUGAGUCUGUUCUGUUCUUAUGAGGCCCGAUUCCAACUUAGGAAUUUACAAAUUUCCUACACACAUCUUUCCGACGCAUUUCUUAGUAUUUUGUAUUCAGACUUACCUUAUUUAGUCGCAUAACGCGCUCUGCAGGUGUGGCUACCUUGCACACUCUGAAUAAAUUUCAUUCAACCCCUGAAAACCCUCCCACUUGCUAGCCAACAGAUUUUCUCAUGGAAUCUUCAUUCAAUAUUUUUUGCAGUGCACUUCUCUUAAGCCAUCCCUUUAAAUACGGUGCACCUUUUAUUUUGUCGACAGACUCGAGAGAACGGGUUCAAAAUAUUAGGGAUCAAUGAAAGAAAAAAACAAUUGGUAGAUGGUAGAUACAAAAAUACUAUGAUCUUACAGAUUAUUUGGGUUUAGGAAAGUAUUUAUGAAUCAUAAAAAACAGGUUUAGAGAAACUUUACGCACGAAAGAAAGAAAAUGUUGAUUUAAUUCAUUCUGAAAAUUGCCACAUUCAGUUCUUCAACACAUGAUAAUGUUGGAAGAUUAGUGUACAUAGAAUUAUAACAGGGAGUGUACAACAGUGUUCUAUCCUCUCGCCUAUUGCCUGCACUAACCGUGGAACUGUGUGAUGACACGGCCAAGUACUGCGCCAUGCAUGGGGUUCAAACUAUUACAGCUUGGUCUUCGCUCCACUCCGUAAUGAUUGAAUUAUGUCUUUUUAUAUUAUCAACUGUUACUAAGGAAACAAAUGAAGGUAAACACAGCAAUGUAAGUAAAUGGAAUGAUAAUGAAGGUUAUACCAACUAAAGGGACUAAAAGUAAAUUGUUAGUUGAAUAUGUGUUGUUAUUAGGCCUACAGUACUGACGGUCGAUACUGAUAGUGGAUAAUAUUUCACAUGGUAGAAAUAGGAAACAGUCACGGUAUUCAAGACAUUCAAGAGUGCCCAUCCCUGCAAGUUAAAAAAAACUGUACAAUUUAAAUUAUGCAUAAUGGCACAGUACUUCAUAACCUUUACUGUGGGAAAGUUGAUAUGUUCAUAUGCUUCAGUUUGCUACCAUAUGACUGGCUUCACAUCUCCAGCGAUUAUAAGGUAAAAUAGACCUAACACAAGUGUCCUUUAUAUUUCCCUUAUCCAAAUGGAUUACUCAUUUACCUAGCUGUUAUCAAUAGCUCUUAUUAAGUUGUAAAUUACAGUGCAUGGUGAAUGCUUUUUCCUCUUGGAAUUGGAAGGUUCGCUCGAACUUAUUCAUGGUUUCCUCGUGCAUAAAGGUGGUGGAAUUAUGAAGGAAUUAAGUCAAGAUCAGAAUAUGGCAUAUCUGUAGACACACCUCUGCCACACCUUCAUUUCUUAGAUCUCCACCCCCAACCAAUUGCAGGUGAAUAGCAUGCUAUUCUCAUGCUUAAGUUUGUCAGAAUAUGCAUAGAGGGAAAAGUGCAUAAUAAGGGAAUUAUGUUCAAUUUAAGCAAGGUGAACUCGGGUCGGAAUCGGGCCCAUGGAGAAAAGCAAAUCAUCUAAGCCAUGUGACUAAAUGCCUGUUAGGUUAGUUAACCACUUUUGAAGAGUGGGUACUAACAAACAGGAAAUGCAUGAUAUCUUCUGAUGUCUCUGAUUGAAUUAAUUAAUGUGUAAUGACAAAACAUAUCACCUUGCUUAAUACGUGUCAAAUCACUUUGCAACAUCACUACUUACUCUAUUUACCAUGAAUUCAUGCUCCAUGGAAAAUAUAAUGGAAGGUGCAGAUAUAGUACAAAUAAAAACAUAUAAGUAACAUCAGAUUAUGUGAAAAGCAUGUGCAUCUACUGAACGGUUUUCUAUUGACUGUUAUAAAAUCAUUUUAUUCAUGCAAUAGGGCGAAGACGAGUAGACAGCCAGUACGUUGCAAUAAACUUUAGUGAACUAUUAACACAAUAUAUUCUGUUAAUAGUUCACUAAAGUUUAUUGCAAUUUACUGGCUGCCUACUCAUCUUCUUUCUUGAAUUACCUGCCAUUAGGGGCCUGCCCUCAUCUCACUCAUGCAAUAGGAAAAUAACUGUUCACAUCAAAUAGAGUUUGAUAUGGACAUUCUAUGAAAUGCUAGUUAAUAUAUUUUCAAAGCAAUAUAAACUGUAAUCUGCAUGCCAUAAUGGUAUCUUUACAGUAAAUUAUAUUUUAUAAAAUAAUGCUUAUUCUGUAUAAGUUUUAUAAUGUUUCACAGGUAAUAUGAGCUAUCAAUGUUUUUGUCAUAAAUAACAUGUAUCUCUCUAUGUUGUUGAUCAUGAUUGAUACCAAUACGUUUUCAUUAAUCUAGAAUGUAGCUAGGCGACACAGAUUUCUCUAAAUUAAUGUGAACUGAAUAGUACUGGAAGGUUAUGUCAAGCUCCUGUCAUAUAUGUGAAAAUAUGUAUGAAUAUGUACCCUUUGUAUGUUGUGGCUGAACUUCAUGGGCAGUCAAUUGCCCAAAAAUUUUUAUUCCCAAUUUGAAUGCCUAACAAUUGAGAAUCAGUUCAAAUCCAGGCUUGACUCCUCAUGUCUGUGUUUGCUAAACGUUCAAAAUUUUGCCUAGAGAAUGUGUCAACAUCCAAAUUCUGGACAAAUCGCUGUGCACUUUGAUUCUACAUAACUUAUAGCUUGUCUUCAGACAUUUUAUGUUAUUCUCCUCUGUGCAUUUUAUGUAGCUAUACACUGUAUGUAAUGUAAUGUAUCCAUGCAUCUACUGUAAUACCCACAUUUUUAUGUGGGUUAUUAUUAGUAUAGUGAUUGUAUGGUGCACUAAAGUGUAGCCUAAAUCACCCUUACCACCAUGGAAGUGGAUUUAGUGUGAGAGCAAAAUAUUUGCCCUGAAAAUUGUUGCCACUUGUACGUAUCUGAAAUAAUAAAUGUCCUAUUAAAAAUGCUGCAUCUAA